CCACCCAAGCUCCUCCAUCCAGGAGCACACUCUCACUCUUUUCCGGAACAUUCCAGAAUGAUCUUCCGCGAGAAAAUAUCUCGCACCAUAAAUAUCUCACCACCCUCGACUCGAGCUCGAGCCUCGCCUACGCAACCGACCACCUCAUCACCCCCGAAAAUAUCUCCUCCUCUUUUGCGCUUUUUCUACCCGCUCCGAUGGCCACCGGCGGCGAGCCGCGGGCGGCGGCGGCGGCGGAGGGCGGGGAGAAGCGGGCGGCGCUGCUGAGGGAGAUCACGGAGGAAGGCGGGUUCGCGUUCGUGGCGUCGGCGGAGAAGGCGGCGGCCGACGGGGACCUCCGCGCGGCGGAGGCGGCGCGGGAGAUGGCGUGGGAGCAGCUGCACGCGUGCCCGCGGAGCGAGGUCGGGCGCGCGUGGAGGGACGCCUACGCGCUCGCGUGCCUCCACGUGGCCGCGCUCCGCGUUGCCGGCGGCGGCGGCGACGGCCGACGCGCCGCGCUCCGGGCGCUCGACAUGGGCCUCAUCAUGGGUGGCGACCUCCUCCGCGCCGAGCUGGAGGAAGCCAUCGCGCGGGUGGUCGCCGACCGUAGCCGCGGCUGCGGUGGCGGUGGUGGCGACGGCGCCGGAGAGAACGGAGCUGAUGUUGAGAAAUGGAUGGAAGGCCUAACCAGGAAACGAGACCUCGCCGAUGUGCUCAAAGUUCUGCCAGUGAAGUCCUUAUCUUGUAAGCAAAUCGAGAGGCGAUCAUGCAUUUCUUUGGAGGCAUUUAUACGUGAUUACUUUUUAUGUGAGUCCCCUGUUAUACUCAGUGGCUACAUCGAUCACUGGCCUGCACGGACAAAGUGGAAGGACAUAAGAUACCUAGAGAGGAUUGCAGGAGAUCGGACUGUUCCUGUUGAGGUUGGAAAAAAAUAUUUGUCUAGUGAGUGGAAACAGGAGCUUAUCACAUUUUCUCAGUUUCUUGAGAUGAUGUGGUCAUCUGAUUGUUCUGCAAACUUGACAUAUCUAGCGCAGCAUCCACUGUUUGACCAGAUAAAAGAGCUCCGUGAAGACAUAAUGGUUCCUGAAUAUUGUAACGCUGGUGGUGGGGAACUCCAAAAGCUCAAUGCCUGGUUUGGCCCUGAAGGGACGGUUACACCAUUGCAUCAUGACCUGUAUCAUAACCUUUUUGCUCAGGUCUUGGGCAGGAAAUAUUUUAGACUCUAUUCUGCUUCCAUCUCCAAUGACCUUUACCCUCACAGAGAAACUAUGCUAAGCAAUAUUAGUCAGAUCUUGACAACAUUAACGUAAAUGAGUUCCCGAGGACAGGAGACGUUGAAUUCAUGGACGGCAUAUUGGAGGAAGGUGACCUGCUUUACAUUCCACCAAAAUGGUGGCAUUACGUUAGAUCUCUCUCUACUAGUUUCUCUGUUAGCUUCUGGUGGCGAACGUCAAUUCCUCCUCCUCAGGGCUCGUAAUGUUAUUGUUUUGAUCAUCCAUGACGUUUGCGUUUCUAUCAUCAGAUGUUAGAAACCCAAGAAAAACUUAAUUGAACCCAUGUUUUAUGAUCCACUAUUUUGUGGGUACGGCCUUGUUACGGUCCGUGUAUAUCAUACUAGCGUGUGUUACAAUCUUCUAGUACUUCUGUAUGACCAGAAACAACCGGGAUAGUCCUAGGGGUAAAGCCACAGAGGCACACAAUUCACAAAAACAGUGCCAAAAUUAGACAUCUCUGGCUUUUAAAGAAGUGAAAACUGAUUAUGCUGUAAUGUACUCCCUCCGUCCCAUAAUAUAAGGGAUUUUGACAUUUUA